AUGGGUCGACGAGCGCGGCAGGAAAACAGCGAAAUGUCCUACAGGAAGCGAGGCGUGACCCAGGACAUGCGGCAGGAUAUUGUGCAACAGAAGAAGCAGCAGCAGCAGACGCAGGCACAACAGACCCCAUAUCAUCAGAAGCAGCAGCAGCAGACGCAGGCACAACAGACCCCAUCAUCAGAAGCAGCAGCAGCAGAUGCAGGCACAACAGACCCCAUCAUCAGAUCAGAUGCAGACAUAACAGACCCCAUCAUCAGAAGCAGCAGCAGCAGAUGCAGGCACAACAGACCCCAUCAUCAGAAGCAGCAGCAGAUGCAGGCACAGCAGACCCCAUCAUCAGAAGGAGCAGCAGAUGCAGACACAACAGACCCCAUCAUCAACAAGAGGGGAAGCAGAUGUAGGCAUAACAAGCCCACUUAUCAGAAGGACAAACAGAUGCAGGACAAAUGGAACCCAUCAUCCGUAGCAGGACCGCCAUCAGAAGCAGGUUCCUAG